GCAAAUGCUAUUUGAUCUAUGGGGUUUGACAAACUCUCCGCCCCUGUAGAAGCUAUUCACACACACACGGAGAGAGAAAGAGAGAGUCAGUCAGGCUGGGGUCUUCAGACAAUCAUGUCCUCUCCAAGAAACUCCUCCAACUUUACGCACAUCAACCGGUUCGCGCAGCCGGCGUGGCGCGUCGCGUUGUGGUCUCUGGCGUUCGCGUUGGUGCUGCUGGUGGCCGUUACCGGGAAUCUGAUCGUCAUCUGGAUUAUUGUCGCACACAAGCGGAUGAGGACCGUCACUAACUACUUUCUGCUGAAUCUGGCGGUGUCGGACGUGUGUGUGGCCGCGCUGAACGCACUGGUGAACUUCGUGUACGGCGCGCACGGGCACUGGUACUUCAGCAGCGCGUACUGCCGCUUCCAGAACUUCUACCCGGUGGCCGCGGUGUUCGCCAGCAUAUACUCUAUGAGCGCCAUCGCCCUGGACAGGUAUAUGGCGAUCAUCCACCCAAUGAAGCCCCGGCUCUCGGCGAAGGUCACCAAAGCGGUGAUUGUGUGUGUGUGGAUUCUGGCGGCAUUUCUGGCCUUUCCGCUCUGCUUCUACUCCGUCACUGAAGUUCUGCCGCACAGGACCGUCUGCUAUGUGGCCUGGCCGAGAAAAGAUGACGACGCAUUCAUAUAUCAUGUGGUUGUGGCGCUGCUGGUCUAUCUCCUUCCACUUGCACUGAUGGCUGUGACCUACAGCCGAGUCGGACUGACGUUGUGGGGUGGAGAUUUUCCAGGACACUCUUCAGAAAACCUCCUGGAUCACCUGCAGGCCAAGAGGAAGGUUGUGAAGAUGAUGGUGAUCGUGGUGGUGACGUUCGCCAUCUGCUGGCUCCCGUAUCACGUGUAUUUCAUCAUGACGAGCUUCAACCGAACGCUGAGGAGGUUUAAGUGGAUCCAACAGGUGUAUCUGUCAGUGCUGUGGCUCUCCAUGAGCUCCUCCAUGUACAACCCCAUCAUCUACUGCUGCCUCAACAGCAGGUUCCGCGCCGGGUUCAAGCAGGUGUUUCGCUGGUGUCCCUUUAUUCAGAUGUCGAACUGUGAUGAGCUGGAGCUCCAGACGGCUCGUUUCCAGCAGCAGCGGCAAAGCAGUGUGUUCACGGUCACGCGUAUGGAGUCGGACGCCAGCGCCGCCAUCAGCAGACGCAAGAGCUCCAGCACCAGCCGCUGCAGCGUCAGGAGCCAAUCACGGCCCUCCGCCCGGCCGACGCUCAACGGUGCUCCACACGGAAACAUCAGCGGCGUUCGAGAAACACUGAGCUGAUAGGAGCGAUAAACAGUGCUGGGGUUACACCAUAUUGAAAAAAACUGACAUUGUGAUACACUGUUAACAAUUUCCUGUAGAAUCUACAGUAACUCACUGGCAGCAGUUCUCCAGUAACUUACUGUAAAUCAAUUAGAGCAAAAGGCCUGUAUUACGGUAUAUUUUUACAGCUGUUUAGCACCAUUUAUCUUGCUGUAUAUGUAUUAACAUUAUUGUAUGUUUAUCUUUACUGUAAAAUAUACAGUAAUUUUCACAAUGCAGCUUUAAAAUACAGUAACAUACUUUAUAACUGUAAUAGAGUAAAAUAAAGUUCAUAUUACAGUUCAGUUCACCGGUAAAUUACUGUAAAUCAGUUAAAUUUCACAAUGCAGUUUUAAAAUACAGUAACAUACUGUAUAACUGUAACAGAGUAAAAUACAGUACAUAUUACAGUUCAGUUCGCCAGUAACUUACUGCAAAUCAGUUAAAAUUCACAAUGCAGUUUUAAAAUACAGUAACAUACUGUAUAACUGGCCU